AUGAAAUAUUUUUCAAAUUUUAGUUUUGUGGCUGCUGCUGAUGCUUUGGCUCAAUCAGAUGAACCUUUUGAAAAACUGGUCCUUUUAUUGUUGAAAGAUGGACCUAGCAGUCGAAAUGGUUUAAAACACUUCUUGGAACUUCGUCUUAGUCGAUUUCAAGGAAAUGAGCAACGAAUGCAUAGAGACAUGUUGGUCCUUUGGCUUUUAGAUAUUCAACUUUCUGAACUUGCUGAACAUCGUCAAAGUGUAACUAGUUCAGCGGAUGCUUUUAUUAUUGAGGGUAGCUCUAGUGGAGGACCUUCUAGCGAAGUUUCUGAUACACGUGAAGCUCAGAUUCGUCAACUGAAGGAUCAAAUUUUUUGUUUUCUUAAUAGGCCAAUAGUAUUUCAAGCUGUUAGUGAUAACCAGACGGCAGUCUAUAAAAUGAUUAGUUCUCAUGUCGAUUUCGAUGUUCAAUUAUAUUUGGCUAAUAAAUUACAUGAUACUCAAACAGUUCUCAAAAUUUUGUUAAUUCAAAAAUCAUACAAAGAAAUUCUUGAUUUGUUGGAACGUGAUAAUUCAAAUUUAAUUUAUGAAUAUUCUGAAGCUUUAAUUACUCAAGUGCCUGUUGAAUUAAUUUCUCUUUUGCUCAAAAAACUGAACAAAUUGGAUCCUUUGAAGCUUUUGCCUGCUUUCCUUAAAUGUUUAAAUCCUGAAUUAAAGAAUCGUGCAAAAGUGGUUGAUUCUAUCUUUACUUUUAUUGAAAAUCUUACACCAACACAAACAAAUGGAGCAAUUCUUGAUUUUUGUAUUAAUUUAUAUGCAACAUUUCGACCAAUGGAAUUAUUACCUUUUAUGCAAAAAUGUAUUAAUAAUAAUUCUAAGGCUUCAUUUAAUAUGGCAGAAGCUUUAAGAAUUUGCACGGAACAUGGUCUUGUUGAAUGUCGAGUAUUUCUUUUGUGUAUUGAAGGCCUUUAUGAAGACGCAGUUAUUUUAGCUUUAACAAUUUCUAUUGAAUUGGCUAAAAAAUGUGCGAAUGAAUUAGAAAAGGCAAUAGAAAAAAGAACUGCUGAAAAAGAUUCUUUGCUUGAAAUUGUUGAUACAAAAAAUAGUCAAUCCAAUUCUAUUUUAAUGGAAAUGCGUAGAAGAGUUUGGUUAGAAAUUUGUAAGAUUUUUUAA